AGAAGAAAGAGAUUAAAAGCUUCAUAUGUUUCUCCUUCUCAACUUAUUUUCUCUCUCCUAAACCAUAAACCAAAAACAAAACUGCGAAAAUUAAAAUGGAAUCAUUCAUGGAAGAACUUUUGAACUUCUCUGUACCAGAGGAAGAAGGAGGAGCGGUUGUUCGUUCGCCGAAGAAUAUUGCUCGCCGGAAAACUGGAUUACGGCAGACGGAAUCCUUCGGUUUAUUAAAUCCCGACGACGAACUUGGAGAGGGAGAGGUAGAGGAAGAAGAUUUGGAGUGGAUAUCAAACAAAGAUGCGUUCCCCGUCAUCGAAACGUUCGUCGGCGUAUUACCGUCGGAACAUUUCAGUGUCUCGUCGCCGGAGCGAGAAGCGACCGAAGGAAAACAGUUGAGUCCGGUCUCGGUACUUGAGACGAGUAGUCAGAACAUCUCUAUAACUACGACGACGACCACCUCCAACAACAGUAGCGGCGGUAGUAACAGAAGUGUCCCGACCCCGACGAUGAUUAGUUGCUGUGCUAAGUUUAAUGCGCCCGUUAAGACAAGAAGCAAGCGUAGGAGGAGGGAGGAUUUGAGAAUUUUGUGGACAGGGAACGACGAGCAAGGAGGAGGAGGAGGAGGAUCGCAGAAGAGGAGGAUGACGUCGGUUGCGGCGGCGGCUAUGGGAAGGAAGUGUCAACACUGUGGAGCGGAUAAGACGCCGCAGUGGAGGGCGGGACCAUCGGGACCGAAGACGCUGUGUAACGCUUGUGGCGUGAGGUACAAGUCAGGGAGGCUUGUUCCAGAGUAUCGCCCUGCUAAUAGCCCGACUUUCUCGCCGGAGUUUCAUUCGAAUUCUCACCGGAAGAUUGUAGAGAUGAGGAAGCAUGUUGUGUCCAGUGAUGGUGGUGGUCGGCAAGAUUGUGGUUAGAACUUGUUAGGAUAAUUUUCUUGUUCUUGAGUUUGUUUUAGGGUUUUGCAGUUGGAAUUUAGUUUUUAAUUUUUUUUUACCUUUUUAAUUUGUGAAAUUAGGGGUAAUUAUUCAUUAGGAGAUACUAUGGCCAGUCAAUAGAAGAUUACUUUCUCCUUUUACUGUUUA